AAAAAAAACACCCCCCCCCCCCCCCCAAAAAAAAAAAAAAAAAAAUGUGCACCGUUUUGCGGCUGCGACAGCACCAAUGCUCAAUGCCGUGCCGCUCAGCUCCAGAAGGACGCAUCCUUGCGUAUCCGCACCAGCACGCGCUCACGCCAGCGGUUGACGAAGGACGCGGGCAUGCACACUGUCUCUUCCCCCUGCGAGCCGCCCACGUCGGCCGGCAGCACGCGCCCGUACGACGCAACGAAGUUGAAGAGGUCCUCCACAAUGCGCUCGGCCAUCACCAGCUUCGUCGCGGCGAAUUCCUGCUGUAGCGGCUGCUCCUGA